GGUAAAAAUGGAAAUUGUAAAUCAAUUUGUUGGAAAGUAUGCAUCUGCUAGUUUUAAGAUUUGUACAGAUGAUGCCUUGACACACCAGUUUAAUGAUAUUAUGAAACAAUGUGAUGAGCAGAAUGCGAGUAGCAAACAUAGAAAGGCGAGUAAAAAAGCAAAGAAAGAGAAAUUAGCUAAUAUGUUGUGUAUGUUAAUGAAAAUGAAAGAGAUUGCAGAACAAAAGGAAUUGCAAUGGUAUUCUGAAAAGGCUCAGUUAAGGGGUGAGCUGGAUAAGGUUGAACAGGAUAUUACUGUGGCUAUUGCUAGUGCUGGAAGUGAUGGUUGUGAGUGUGAAGAGCUCAGAGAGGAAGUGGAUAGACUGGUUCAACAGAAUUGUGAUUUGGAGGAUGAAAUACAGGAAUAUGAGGAAAGAUGUAGGCUUAGAGAUCUACAAAUCGCAUCAUUAGGAGAAAAAGAAGCAAAGAAUGAUGAUGUUGUGAGAGCACUUAAGAAUCAGUUACAUGAUGCUAAUAAACAAUUGGUUCAUAAAGAGCAUUGCAGUGGGACCUUGAGACCUCAGGAAAAUGCUGAAGUUAAUAAUUGUUGUUGUGGCAAUCAAACACAAAUGUAUGGUUUCCCUGAACAGGAGAAAAGAGAUAGGAAAUGGGGGGAGGAGCAGCCUAUUUGCACUGCAGAUGAUCUACAAUCGACCCCAGAUCAUAGCUCCUCUCUCUUUAUUCCUGUAUCAGAUGGAAGUACACAAAGAAGGGAUAGUUUGCAUAUUCAUGGUAGCAAUCGUGUCCAAUCCACAACACUCUCUAUACAGGACAAAACAAACCUAUGCCAAAUUUUGGGGAAAUUUGAUACAAGUGCCUCACCCAUUAGUUUUUCCAAUAGGUUGGAAGCUGUGGUUACGCAGUAUAAUCUCAACAAUAGAGAUGCAUGUGCCUUAUUUCGUGUAUGGCUCCCAUCUCAGCUUUGUGAGAAGUUGCAGCCUCCUGUGGGCACUCACAAAGGAUUAUCUGCAGAACUCAACUCCAACUGGGGAAAUGCAAAUGAUAGGCUGAAAGAGUUGCAUAGAGUGAUGGGAGGAAGAGAUACCAGAGGUACCAAUGCCCUAGAGAAUGCUAAGUUAAAGAGAGGGGAUGACCCAAUUAUUUUCUGCAGUGAAUAUUUGACCAUAUUUCGUGCUACCUAUAACUGUCCUGACAUGUCUCCUGACGACAGCAGUUUUCUCUAUUCAAUGGCUAAUAAAUGCACUUUUGUUGACUAUCCAACAAAGAUUGCCUUAAGGAAUGCAAAUUCCUAUCAAGCCUUUUUGAAUAUCUUAAAGGACUGGAUUCAGGAGACUAGUCAUGACAGCAAGCCCCAAAAGAGAAUAUCAGAGGUAGUUAAGAAUGAAGGCAAAGUGAGAUUUAUGGGAAAGUGUUACAAGUGUGGAAAUAUGGGUCAUACUAUGAGAGAGUGCAGAAGUAAUAGGAAAGGUAACAGCAAAGAUUUGAUACCAAAAAAACUGCAACAAAAGCAAGGAUUAAAUAAUGAAGCUGAUAGAGUACCUCAGACUCCUGAAGCUACAUUAUAUGGUCCACUUUUGAAGGAGAUCAGGAGGAUAGGCAAAGCAAUAGCAGAGAUGCCAGAUGAAUUAAAGGCCCCACCUCCAACAAAUCCUUAUAUGAAACAAUAGGGAUGUCAGGCCCCUGUGUUGUCCCUAGUGUGCCAGCUAGAUAGGGACAAGGGCGGUAGACCACGUAUCCAGGGUACGGUAGGGGGCCAUCGUACAAAGAUUUUAAUGGAUACGGGGGCAGCCGUAAGUUUGACUAAUUUGGAUUUGACUGUGAACCCUAAUGGUAAACACAUUUUCCUAAGAGGCUUUG